GUUUGUUUCUCGAUCGCGAUCUAUUUAUAUUAACAACACGUGUGGACGUGGGAUUUGACUAGAAUCUAGAUCUAGAUAUUAGACAGAUCUAGAUCAUUUCUUUAUGGAAUAUUUGGUUGUGUGCUUGUUUAAUCAUUCGUAAGCCUUCUUGCAUAACGUUAUCAUCAAUUUGAGGCUACAUUGAUCUUUGAGGAGUUAUAAAUAAUAAUGCCUAAAUCAAAAAGGGAUAAAAAAGUAUCUCUCACCCAAACAAGAAAGAAAGGCUUAGAACUAAAACAGACUUUAAUUGAAAAGAUACGAGAAUCAGCUGAUCAAUAUGCUAGAAUUUAUACUUUUUCUGUACAUAAUAUGAGAAAUGUUCAGUUGAAAGACAUUCGCCAAGAGUGGAGUCAUAGCAGGUUUUUCUUUGGUAAAAAUAAAGUUAUGCAGUUAGCACUUGGAAGAACAGCAGAUGAAGAGUACAGAGAAAACUUGCACAAGUUGACACAGUCUUUACAGGGACAAACUGGGCUCUUGUUUACAAACUCCACUGAGAAAGAAGUAUUAGAUUACUUUGAUGAGUUGUAUAUCCCAGACUAUGCCAGAUCCGGCGCCACUGCAACACAGACAGUUGUGUUAGAACAAGGACCUCUACCAGAUUUUGACUUUUCAAUGGAGCCCCAACUGAGGCAACUGGGUUUACCCACACAAAAUAAAAAUGGUAAAAUUCAUUUAUUAUGGGACCACACUGUUUGUGAAAAAGAUCAAGUUCUGAAUCCAGAACAAUGUAGAAUUCUUAAACUGUUUGGACACAAAAUGUCAGAAUUUCACAUCACAAUUGAAGGCAUGUGGAAUAAUUCUGGCAAGUGGAAAAAAUUUGAUGCCAGACCAGAACACAUAGUACCUGGGAAAGUCAAAGUCAAACCAAAAAAAGACAAAAGUAAAAAAGACACUGAAGAGAAAGAAACUGUAGAGAAUGAGGAGGAGGAUUCUGAUGAAGAGAUAGAAGACUCUUAAUUUUGUUAGAUGUACAUUUUUUUUUGUUCAGAUGUUUUAUGUAAUUAUUAAAAACAUAAAGUUAUUCAAA